CCCACACCACCCCCUAUAAAAUCUCUCCUCCCAAACACAUUUUAUUCACCACCAGCACACAUCUACACAGUCCCUCACUCUUCUUCUUCCACUACAUCGACAUCUCCAAACGCCGCCCCGUCUCUUUCUCUCUCAAUCCCUAAAACCCAUCUCACAUCUUCAAUUUUGUAAUCAAAUUACAUAACUCAGUGAUGGGUUUGAAGGGUUUCGUUGAAGGAGGGAUUGCCUCGAUCGUGGCGGGUUGUUCGACCCACCCGCUCGACCUCAUCAAAGUCCGAAUGCAAUUACAGGGCGAAACCCCUCUCCAAAACCCCCACAUUCACUCUCUCCGCCCCGCCUUCGCCUUGAACGGCACCACCAUCGCCCCCCCAAACACCAUGCACAUCCCUCCUCCUCCGCCGCCGAAGGUGGGUCCCGUCUCCGUCGGGGUCAAGAUCUUCCAAACCGAGGGCAUCGCCGCCCUGUACUCUGGCGUAUCCGCCACCGUCCUCCGCCAGACCCUUUACUCCACCACCCGAAUGGGCCUCUAUGAAGUCUUCAAACAGAAAUGGUCCGACCCGGAUACUGGAAACCUGCCACUCGGGCGCAAAAUAGUCGCCGGCUUGGUGGCCGGCGCCAUCGGCGCGGCUGUGGGCAACCCAGCCGACGUCGCCAUGGUCCGAAUGCAAGCCGACGGUCGGCUCCCGGCUUCCGACCGACGCAACUAUAAGAGCGUACUCGACGCGAUCACGCGCAUGUCUAGACAAGAGGGCGUUGCUAGCCUGUGGCGCGGCUCAUCGCUUACGGUGAACCGCGCUAUGAUCGUGACCGCUUCUCAAUUGGCAUCGUACGAUCAGAUAAAGGAGGCGAUUUUGGAGAAGGGUGUGAUGAAGGAUGGACUCGGGACCCACGUGACCGCGAGUUUCGCAGCCGGGUUCGUGGCGUCCGUGGCCUCAAAUCCCAUUGACGUAAUUAAGACAAGAGUGAUGAACAUGAGGGUGGAGCCAGGAAUGACUCCACCUUACAGCGGGGCUUUGGAUUGUGCCCUUAAGACGGUGAGGUCUGAAGGGCCAAUGGCCCUCUACAAGGGCUUUAUCCCUACAAUUUCUAGGCAGGGUCCUUUUACUGUGGUGCUGUUUGUGACCCUUGAACAGGUCCGCAAGGUCCUCAAGGACUUUUGAUUUUUAACCAUUUGAUGAUGAUGAUGAUGAUAAAGGAAUUACUUGUAUUAGAUUGAGAAUUUGAUUUAUUGUUUUAAGGUUGUUAUUAUGUUAUUGGUUGGAGAUUUUAUUUUAAGGGGGAAUAUAUAAUGUUGUCAAAUUUUGAUUCUUAUAAAAGGUUACUAUUUUUACUA